UAACCUGACGUAGCCCACAUAGUAGAAUGAAUGAGGUGGACGAAAGCAGCACGAGCGCUCUGACUCAGAAGUUCCCAGAGCUCUGGCUAACAUGGCGAUGCUGUGAACUCGGUUCAUUCUUCUGACACUAAGGAAUAUAUUUACAUUUUACAAUAUCGGAAAAUAACAUCAACUAGAACAAGAUAAUGGCACGAGGAGAGGGCGCCGAGCAGUACGCGGCGACUUUAUUGUCAGUCAAACCGCUCAAUGCAGAGAUCAAGACGGUGAAGCUGAAGACCCAGAGAAAUCGUCUGUCUGUGUUCAGUAAAGUGUGCUAUGCCUUUGGCGGGGCUCCCUACCAGAUCACAGGCACUGUUCUUGGCUUCUUCCUCCAAAUCUACUUGCUCGAUGUGGCACAGCUGGACCCCUUCUAUGCCUCUAUCAUCCUGUUUGUGGGAAGGGCCUGGGAUGCUAUCACCGACCCCACAGUGGGUUUCCUGGUGAGCCGGAGUAGAUGCACCCGCUUUGGCCGCAUGAUGCCCUGGAUCAUUUUUUCCACCCCGUUUGCAGUGCUUACUUACCUCCUGAUCUGGUACGUGCCUCCAUUUGAAGAGGGGAAGGUCAUUUGGUAUCUGGUCUUUUACUGCCUUUUCCAGUCAAUGCAGACGUGCUUCCAUGUGCCAUAUUCAGCCCUCACCAUGUUCAUCAGCAGGGACCAGAAAGAGCGGGACUCUGCUACAGCCUACAGGAUGAUGGUGGAGGUGCUGGGCACAGUGCUGGGCACUGCAAUCCAGGGGCAGAUAGUAGGUGGUAAUUCCAAUUGUCCCACUGAGUCUGAUGCGCCUUACAGCACAAACUCAUCCAGUGUCAACACCACUAUAGCCUCACUGGAUCAGACGAAACAAGCUUACUUGGUUGCUUCAGGGGUCAUAUGCAUCAUCUACGUCCUGUGUGCUGCAAUCUUGUUUUUAGGUGUGAAGGAGCAAAAAGAAACCGGGCGGGACAAGUCGGAGCCGCUCACCUUUGCUCAGGGCCUGCGGUUGGUCAUGUGUCACGGGCCGUAUGUCAAACUGGUCAUCGGCUUCCUCUUCACCUCUCUUGCUUUCAUGCUGCUGGAGGGAAACUUUGCACUUUUUAUCACCUACGCUCUCGGCCACAGGAAGGACUUUCAGAAUAUCCUUCUUGUCAUCAUGCUCUCUGGGGCUCUAACCAUCCCUUGGUGGCAGUGGUUUCUAACCCGGUUCGGGAAGAAGAAAGCAGCUUAUUUUGGCAUCUCGUGGGCAGUGCCCUUCAUGAUCCUGAUCGUCUCUGUCAAAAGCAACCUGAUCGUUUCUUACCUGGUCUCAGUGGCAGCAGGUGUGAGUGUAGCAGCAGCCUUCCUCCUGCCCUGGUCGAUGCUUCCUGAUGUAGUGGAUGACUUCAAAGUUCAAAAUCCAGACAUCCGCGGUCAUGAAGCCCUCUUCUACUCCUUCUAUGUGUUCUUUAUCAAGUUUGCCUCUGGAGUCUCCCUGGGUAUCUCUACCCUCACUUUGAAAUUUGCUGGCUACGUGACCGGGGGCUGCUCACAACCCGAGGCGGUCAGUGUAACCCUGAAGGUGCUGGUCUCUCCCGUGCCCGUGGUUCUUAUUGCUGUGGGACUGUUGAUACUGAAGACCUACCCCAUCGAUGAGGAAAGGAGGCAAGGCAACCGAAAACUACUGCAGGCAAUGUUCGAUUCUGAAACGGAUUCUGAAUCUGAAACCUCAGAUCGUGGGAGCAGCGUCUAGAGGCCAAGCCAGCCGCCUCUGCUGCUUUACAUGUUUGCACAGGCUGUGAAGAGACCGCCUGGACUAAUAGGGAAAGGACCACAAACCACCCACUGCUGACUAGUGAUCGUCAUCAUGUCCGGGUUCCUCCGCAGUGAAUUGCACAGGUUUACAUCACCCUCUAGUGUCCACACUGAGUAUUUAUUUUUCCAUCCAGCUGUGUCCCAGUGAACAGGUUAAUGAAAACUCCAGAGAAUACACAAGAUCCAAAUCUACACGGUGUAGGAUUGUUAUGUUAUGCCGACCUCCCAGGUUAGAUUCUGUUACUUAUAUAUUUUUUUGUUUGUUUUGUUGAGAUUUUCUUUCAUCAUUUAGCUUAAAUGCCACACAGAUCUCUUUAUUAUAAUCUACAGCAAUAGCUGAAAAAAAUUCAAACCACUUCUUUGUUAAAACAAAGCUCACACACAUUUUGGUUAGCAUUUGGCAGCUUUUUAUAAAUGAACGACAAAGCCUCUUGGGAGCUCUAGUCUUGGUUUCCAAAGAUGUUUGACUUUAUUGUUUACUGAGACGUUCCUAUUUAUAGCCUUCUGUUUUGUCACUCCUCCCGUGUGAUUGCACUACAUCAUGAAAGCUUUGGGAGAAAGUGUGCUUUGCAGUACCGUUUGCAAGGUAUUAACGUGCUGGUUUACACUAUGAGACCAUCACUCGAACACACUGUUACAUUUUGAUGUUUCGAUGACGCGUCUUGGCUGUUUUCCACUCAGUGUGCUCUGAAAGAAAUGUACAGUAUCAGCCCUUAUUAUGAAGGGUGUGCCAGCACUAUUCCAGUAAAUGGAGUCGUAUGGAGAUUUGCUACACUCUCUCCUUUUUGUUGUUUGUUUGUUUUCAUAUAGCACAUUUCAAAAAGUGUACUUGAAUUUUCUAAAGGAGAAACGGCAGUACAACAUGAUGUACUUGUAUAUAGGUUAUGUGAAUCAUUGCCUUACAAAUACGUCUUACAACUGGUUUCAGAUAUCUCUGAUUUUCUGAACUCAAACUAAUUUUUUAUGCAAAUCUCCGUCGGGUUUAAUAGACUUUUUUGAAGUGCUUAUAAAGCAAAGUCAGCUGUACUGGGAGUUCUUUUUUAUUUACCAUGUGACAUCCCAAAUUCAAAAAUGUGUUAUUUAACUAUUUAUGGAAACUAUCUAAGGGACUAUAAUUUUCUUAUGCAGGCAUGUGUUUAAGAAUAACUUAUUACCAAUGACUGAAUGAUUUGAGUCUUGUGGAAGGAAAAAAAUGUAAAUGUUGGCUUUGUUUGUCUUUUCCUAUUGUCUUAGAAAAGUAAAAGUUGCAGUCAUGGUGAAAUGUGACUGAUUUAAAGAAUACAAUAAAAAAAAAAAAAAAAAAAACAGCAGCCCUAUAGCAGAUGCUUUCAUUAACUAAUAUGCAGAUGACUUGAUUUUACCUCAAAUGAUGCUAUGAAAAAGGAACCGUUUUCAUUUGGGGCCUUCAAACUGCACUGAAUCAGCAGAAUAGAGUAGAUUACAUCUGCCCUCUAUAUUAAUAUAUGCUGCUGUAUGUGUAUAUGUGUAAAUACUUUUUCCAACUAUGUUUAUGAAGAGCAAUGUAUAUAAACCACUGAGGAGUCAAAUCGUGUUCAUAUUUUUGAUUUUAAACUUGUGAAUAAACUUUGUCAAAGCAGA